AUGUCUUCCUCAGAGUUCGACGUUUACCAAUCGCCCCUCAAUACCCGCUACUGUAGCACGGAGAUGAAGCAUCUCUUCUCUGCGCGAAAACGGUUUUCAACAUGGCGCAAAUUAUGGACAUGGCUGGCCGAGGCCGAACAGGAAUUGGGAAUUAAUAUUUCCAAUGAAGCUUUGGAGCAGUUGCGGGCUCACCAGACCAUUACUGACCAAGAGCUUGCUGAUGCUGCUGUGGAAGAGAAGCGCAGGCGACAUGAUGUGAUGGCGCACGUCCACGUCUAUGGACAAACCUGCCCCGCCGCUGCUCCCAUCAUUCACCUCGGUGCGACCUCGUGCUAUGUCACCGACAAUGCCGACUUCAUUGUUUCGACACAGCUCACACAAAUAUCGCUAACCCUGUCGCUAGGGCAACCGGCACAACUCACUACGGUCGGCAAAAGAAUGUGUCUCUUCAUCACAGAUCUACUUAUGGAUCUCGAAAAUUUUGAACAUGCAAAGAAAUCACUUCUUUCAUGGUUCCGAGGCUGUAAAGGUACCACAGGGACUCAGGCGUCCUUUCUCCAGAUAUUCCAGGGUCAGCAUGAGCUUGUUGAACGGCUUGACCAACUUGUGACGGAAAAGGCCGGCUUUCAUAAGGCUUUCACGAUCACAUCCCAAACCUAUACCAGGAAAGUUGAUACAAAUAUCAUUAACUACUUGGGAGAAUUUGGGGCCACCUGUGAACGCAUUGGUGGCGAUAUCCGUCGUUUGGCUGCGAUGAAAGAGAUGGAAGAGCCCUUUGAAAAGGACCAAAUCGGUUCAUCAGCAAUGGCAUAUAAGAGAAACCCGAUGCGCUCAGAGCGUCUCUGUUCUCUUGGGCGCCACCUCCAAUGCUUAACCCAAAAUGGUCUCACCAAUUACGCUGCUCAGUGGUUUGAGCGCAGUUUGGACGAUUCUGCCAAUCGUCGCAUCACUCUCCCGGAGGCGUUCCUAACAGCGGAUGCAUGUCUCAUAUUGUUGGACAACAUUUCUAACGGUUUGGUCGUAUAUGAGAAGGUCAUUGCGUCCCGGGUUGCAGCAGAACUUCCUUUUAUGGCCACCGAGAACAUCAUUAUGGCAUUGGCUCGCCAUGACGUAAGCCGUCAAGAGAGUCAUGAGGAAAUUCGAGUGCUAUCUCACCAAGCUGCAGCCGUCGUGAAGAACGAGGGCGGGCAAAAUGACCUCAUCGAACGUAUCAAACGGACACCAUUUUUCGCGCCCAUUCUUGAUGAACUCGAUGGACUUCUAAAUCCAAGUAGCUUCACUGGAAGGGCGCCGCAACAAGUCGAGAAAUUCAUCACUGAGGAAGUUGACAAGGCUCUCGAGCCGUAUAAAAUAGAUGUGAGAUGCAUCCCAUUCCAAAGUUGA